AUGAGUACUAAAGAUGGGAGAGGUAUGGACCGAUCACCACCAGCUGGGUCAAUUGCAAGGGCGAGGGAGCGUGCCGCUGCUGGGUUACCGAGGCAGGAAAGGUCGCCACCAAGGUCAAGGCGAGGGGCAGCUGAUGAGGAACCGCAAAUCUCAAGACCAUCGAGACCACAAGCACCACCAGGACUACAGACGAAGGAUGGGAAUAUCGGCGUGGCGAUCUCCCGCCCGACACAGGUUCCACAAUGGCCCCUGGCAGGCGGUCCUAUUAUAGCUCCCUCGAGUGCCAGCGGUGAACCGUAUCGACCACCGCCGGGCAAGUCGCAGCCGCCGCAACGACCUCCGCGUCCGAGCCGAGUGCCCUCGAUAUUGGACGGCUCCAAGGUGCAGGAUCCCACGCCGGUAUUCCAGUAUCGCCCGCGACCCGGAAGAGAACCCUCGGGCCAGGAGUUGCUACCCGUGCCAGAAACGCCGUCCUCGGUGUCCCGAGCAUCAACACAAUCUUCAAUAGCGUCCAUACCUGACUUCCCCAUCCCAGCCCAGAUUCCACCAGGACCACCGAGACGAAGCGUCAACCUCGGACCGCCGCCCUCUGCGCGACGUGGUGUUUCGUCUUUCUACUCCAAUGUAUCAUACGUUUCACCUAUUCCCGAAGAGAGCCCUCGCUCUCGAUCACAUACAUCUUUUGCCUCGAGCGCUGCGAUACCUGAUGGCUGGGACACACCAUCACCCGGACCCAGUCCUCAGUACCCGGAAGCCUUUUACGACGACACUAUCCUGGAGGAGGCCGGUCCUUUUGGUGAUGAGGAGGAGAGUCGGUUGGUACGAAACGCUAGUGUCGGAAAACGAGCGAAGCCAACUCUCGUGGGAACCGUAGUGGCUCCUGGCCCGCAACAGGAAGAUCAAAACAGGAGGCCGGAGCCAAGGCCACUGCAAGGCGGGCCAUUUGACGAGGGUACAGGUUACGUGGACUAUUCGAGUUCUUCCAGCACGAUUCCAGCUUCAGCGAGGUUGCCUAUCGGCGCGGCAGUCACUCGGGAUUCUGUGAUCAAUGCCUUGUCCUCGGCAAGUGCGGAUGAUCCGUCGACCACACCGGCACAGCGAGAAGAAAAAACACCAUCUCCACAAGAAACUCUAGAACCUAGACAAUACAGCCGGCUGUCGGCCAUUCGAAGACCGCCACGGUUGGAUAUGGAUGCUGUACGAAAGGCCGAGGCGAGGGGGAGCUUGACGAGUUUGCCAGAAUUGAUCAGACGGGCGACGAAACUAGCUGCGAGUUUGGAAAAGGGCAAGAGACCGGCGAGUCGGUUCGAUGACCUGGACUAUUCGGGUUCGGAGGGAUAUGGAGUUCGCAAUGAGAAGCAUCAAUCCGGGCUCUCGGACAUGCUCGCAGCCUUCCCACCACCCGCCCAACCAGGAGCAAGCAGCAGCCGUCGCAGUAUCCGCAACAGCAUACGAGACCAUGUUCAGUCAUGGCCAUUGCCGAUGAACACACGCUCCAACAACACAUCGCGGGAAGCCAACGGCCCUGACAGCGACCCUGACAAUCCGGACAAGAAGCAGAACCGCCGGUGCUGUGGGCUCCCUCUUUGGGGGUUUAUCGUGGUAAUGAUUGUCAUUCUGGUCAUCAUGGCCGCCGCUAUCAUUAUCCCGAUCGAGUUCUUCGUCAUCCGCAGGCAAAACAACGGCAACGACGCUCAGGCCUCGAUACAACAAUGUCAAGAGCAGUUGACAUGCGCCAACGGGGGCACCAACGUCUUCAACGACGGAAUUUGCUCCUGCAUCUGCACCGGCGGCUUCACCGGCUUCGACUGCACCACCGCUCCAUCACCAGGCUGCACCACCUUUACUCUCUCCAGCCCGGAGAACAUGUCCAAUGUUACCGUAGGGGACGCCAUCCCACGACUUAUCCAGCAAGCCCAGAGUAAUUUUUCCAUUCCGUUGGAUGGGGAGCAGGUCAUCGCCAAGCUUAACUCGGCCAACAUGUCCUGCACGGCGACCAACGCCCUGGUGACCUUUGACGGCAGUGCCGUCCGCCAAAGCAGUGCGGCUGCUCUGGCGCAGGUUAAUGAUGUCAACGUCAACGCGGUGGUGAUCGAUGGGGUGUUUUGGACUACGAUUACAAUUCUCGCAGGGCAGUUCACCACCAUCACGAUCGAUGCUCAGAAUCCCUUGGGGACUCCCACCGGUACCGUCCGGCAGGGGGGAUCUACGGUGUUAUCAACGGGGACGGGAACGUCAAUAAGACCAACACUGACAGUCACACCAACUGUCACCCGGACGGUUACCACGACGAUCCCGCUGAGUUCAGGGCAGACAACGGUGCCUACGCCGACGCCGACGCCGGGGUUCAAGGUCACGGAGGAUGUGCUGGAUUUUGCGAGGGUGGUGGUGCUGUUUGUGCUGCAGGAGGAGAGCUUGAGGGGGGCGGAGGGGGUGCAGGUUGCGUUGCAGAAUUUGUUUAGCAGGACUAGCCCGGUCGUGAGCGUGGAAGAGGCGAGGAACGUGACUGUUGGAGGGGGGUGGAGUGUGGAUUUGGUGGAUUGGAGGGUUGAUCUUGGAAAAGGGGUGGUAGGGGGGACGCAUGAGGAUGGAUAAGGGUGCGGGGGUGGGGAAUAUUUGGGUUUCUAUGCUAUAAUGCCGGGAGCGAUCUUGUUUUACUAUGUGGGUGUCAAGUUCAAAGGGGGAGGUGGCAGGGAAUCAAGGCCUAGGACCUUUUAUGUGAGGAGCGUGGUUACUUGAUCGAGAGGAGUAUCAGGGAGUUUGGGGAGAGGCGAGAAGACUGAAAAGCUGUUGUACAAUACCAACCAACCUUGGAGAGAAAGCUUUUCACAGCGAGCUUGUUUUUCAUAAUCCUGCCGUUCUUUAUCUAGGUGGCGGGGGGCGUCUUGGAGAUAUGGAGUUGGAGUUGCGAGAAGGUUUGGGGAGCAAGAGAAGAAAUCUGCAGAUAUGUCUGAUACCAGACCGUUGGGGAUAUUUACGCCCUGAAUUAAUGUUGAUUUAUACAGAAUUGCUUGAUUGUCGUUUACAU